AUGGAGGAAGAUAAUGGAAACAGAUCCGAAGAAACUCCGGUGGUUGGUCGUGUGACGGAGCAACAAACGGCCCCCCUGCUGGAGCGGAAGUAUCGUUAUUUGAUACUAGAGCCAGCCGUGCUUCUGAUAUUCUUCGCUUGGAAUGUUUCAUCUGCUGUCUUCGCAAACCAGAUCGUAUAUCAGACCUGUACCGCCGCCUUUGGAAAGAACGAAUCGCUGUGCGAUCAGCUCGGUACGGAAAAUGAAACGGAAGAGAUCCAGCAGCUAGAAAAAGCGGUCCAACCGUACUCGGCCAACAUUCUGAUGGCAAAAUCGUUAGUCGAAUCGAUCGUACCGGCCUUCUGCAGCAUGUUCAUUGGACCUUGGUCCGAUCGUUUCGGUCGGAAACCGGUGAUAGUUUCCUGCUUUACGGGUGCCUUUCUAACGUACGCCAUUGUGGCGUUUAUCAGCUUCCUGUCCAUGUACUACACGAUCAACCCGUGGUACUACGUUCUUGCCUCGAUCACGACGGCCGUGUCCGGGGGAACCUGUGCACUGAUUACGGGAGUGUUUUGUUACAUAGCCGAUGUAACUCAUGAGAAAAAUCGUGCUACAAAAAUGGCUGUGGUGGAAGCGGCUCUAUUCACCGGCCUAUUGGUAGGAACGUUGAGCAGCAGCUUUAUUUUGCGUUGGACAAACGGUACCACCGUGUUCUCGAUUGCAGCUGGAGCAGUAUUUCUUGGCCUGAUGUACAUCAUAUUUUACAUCGAGGAAAGCAUCAAACCGAACGAACUGAGCGAAACGAACAGCAAGUUUCGGGAGCUGUUCCGGUUCGAUUUAGUGUCGGAGCUUAUGCAGACCUGCUUCAAACGGCGACCGAAUUACGAUCGUUUAAUCAUAUGGUUGGUGAUUUUGGCUCUCGGUGCUAACAUAUUUGCAAUGGAUGGAUCUCAGACAGUGUUCCUUCUCUUUUUACGAGAACGCUUCGAAUGGACGGUUAAAGAUUACUCGUACUACGAUGCAGUCAGCAUUGUGUGCAUGAUUUUCGGCAAUACAAUCGGCCUGUACGUUAUUCGAAAGCUGUUUAACCCAUCGGUCACCGUACUGGCCGCACUCGGGUUUUGCUGUUACGCAAUCAACAGUACAAUCCAUGGGCUAGCGUCGCAACCUUGGCAUCUGUACAUGGGAGUAGCGAUUUGCUUCAUGAAGGGUAUUGCGGGACCAAUGAGUAGGGCCGUCAUCUCCAACACGGCACCACCGAACGAUAUUGGUAAGAUUUUCUCGCUGACAACAUCGAUCGAAUCGAUCACUCCGCUGUUUUCGGCUCCCCUGUAUACGUUCGUGUACAAAAGCACCUUGUCGUGGUAUCCGGGCGCAUUUAACUUAAUCACGGCCACCAUGUAUUUUACCUGUUCGUGCCUAAUGAUAUUUGUUAGAAUUUUUCAAAGUAUGUACCAAACAACUACAUACACGUCGAUUAAUUAAAUAAGAAGUGUGGCAAAUAUUUUAUACACAGCUCUGUAUAUACUAACACACUCACGGGUUAUGGUACCACUUACACGAAUCUGUUAAGAUAUUUUGGAAUGU